GUGACAUUAUUUGCCAGGCCAAGUCUGGUCUCGGAAAGACUGCCGUCUUCGUUCUCGCCACUCUUCAGCAGGUUGAGCCUGUCAAUGGAGAGGUCUCCGUUGUGGUCAUGUGCCACACUCGUGAGCUGGCCUACCAGAUUCGCGACGAGUACAACCGCUUCAGCAAGUACAUGCCCGACAUCAAGACCGGCGUCUUCUACGGUGGUACCCCCAUCAAGCAGGAUAUCGAGACUCUCAAGAACAAGGAGACCUGCCCUCACAUCAUUGUCGGCACUCCCGGCCGUCUCAAGGCCCUCGUCCGCGACAAGGCUCUCCGCCUCGGAAGCGUCCGCAUCUUCGUUCUCGAUGAGUGCGACAAGAUGCUCGACCAGCCCGACAUGCGUACCGAUGUCCAGGAUGUGUUCCGUGCCACUCCUCAGCAGAAGCAGGUGAUGAUGUUCUCGGCCACUCUGUCCGAGGAGGUCAAGCCCAUUUGCAAGAAGUUCAUGCAGAACCCUACUGAACACUACGUCGAUGAGGAUACCAAGCUCACCCUGCACGGUCUCCAGCAGUACUACAUCAAGCUGGAGGAGAGGGAGAAGAACCGCAAGCUCAAUGAGCUUCUUGAUGACCUCCAGUUCAACCAGGUCAUCAUCUUCGUCCGAAGCACUGUCCGUGCUACUGAGCUCGACAAGCUCCUCCGAGAGUGCAACUUCCCCUCAAUUGCUGUCCACUCUGGAGUCAGCCAGGAAGAGCGUAUCCGUCGCUACAAGGAGUUCAAGGAGUUCAAGAAGCGUAUCUGUGUUGCCACCGACGUGUUCGGCCGAGGUAUCGAUAUCGAGCGUAUCAACCUGGCUAUCAACUACGAUCUGUCCAACGAUGCCAGCUCCUAUCUGCACCGAGUCGGUCGUGCCGGUCGUUUCGGUACCAAGGGUCUGGCCAUCUCCUUUAUCAGCACCGAUCAGGACCAGGAGGUCCUCAAGGAGAUUGAGAAGCGAUUCGAGGUCGCCCUUCCUGAAUUCCCCAAGGAGGGUGUUGACGCCAGCACGUACAUGGCGUCCUAGAGGACCAGUUGGUGUUUUGGUGUAGUUUUGCAACGACAUGAGUCAAUCUCUUUCGCUACCAGGCGCUCGAGAGGUUAGGGAUCUGGAAGAAUGGUAUCAAGACAUCGAGGGGGCGAAAGGGAAAAGUUGCGAAAUGUCCAACUUGAUUGCUUGUAUUGAGUAGUUCGUUAUCUGAAGUGAUUCUGUGGAAACC